CAACAAGGGUAUCAAUUGUUUUUUUGAGGAUAAAUACUUUACAUAUAAAGUCUAUAUAGCGCUCAGUAAUUCCUUCAACAUCGGUUUGAACUCAGAGGUUUGAACUGUUUCAGCUCUCUUUUAAUUUUUGAACUGUUUCACGCGAAUCAAAACUUGUUGAAUUAUUGAUUUGCGGCAAAACCCUUCUCAAAUGUCAACUGGCUGAAGCCCACUUGAAGUCUACUCGUAAAUAUUUGGGCGCCCUGUCGAUUCCUGAUCAAAAAUUAUCGUGCUUUAAUACUGUUUACUCACUUUAGUGCUUACUGUUGUUGUGAAUUUAUUUGCUCAUAUACGUCUGAUUGGGUAAUGUUUUUGAUGUGAAGUCUUUUCGCUUCUACUUUAUCUUGGAGUGAAGAUAGUAUGACGUGAAUUAGAUUUUUUAUGGAGGAAUUUGCAUAGCGAAUGGUCACGUCUUUAUUAUUAAACAGCUGUGAGUCAAAUAAAUGACCUUUUUGGAUGCUAAUAAACUUCAAAACAUCUGCUGUUUGUUGCUCAAUUAACAGUCCGCCGUUUCAAAAGACACGUUUGGAAAUAUAGCUAGGAAUAUGGAAGACGAUCCGCGAAUAUUAGUGCGAACCUUGCGAAGAGAUCGCCGCGGAAAGCUUGCUUUACAAACGGCCAUCAUUCAUCUGUGUUGCUCCGUUGCGUGCAUCAUUGUUGGUGUUUUUUCAAUGGCCAUAAUCAAGAGUGCCACUAUUGAACGUGUUUAUGGUUUGCCUUUAUGGAUCGGGCUUUUGGUGAGUCGCGAGUUCUGAGGAUACAAUAUUUUGCGCUGUUGUUUUUGAAAUGAAAUAGCGCAGUUAAAGUUUCCAAUGGAAUAAAUGUUUGUGUACUGUUUUGAAUUUUGCGACAUAUUUUGAAAUUUAAAUGUAACAGGAUUCCAAUUAGAACAUAGUAAAUUGUUCGAUUGUAUUCGUGUUAUAAAACUUCUAAGCGCAUUGUGUUGUAAAAAUAUUAAAGAAAUCCUUUAAAUUUUGAACAGAACAAUGCAAUGCAGUUUAAGUUUGUUCGUGACUGGCUGAUUACACGGAACACACGCUAUAAUAUCACAAAGAUGCCGAAAAUUUCAGUACGUGCAGAAUUAUUUUGUAUAAACUUUCAAAUUACAUGAAAAUAAGUUGGAGUAUAUUACAGCUCAGUUUUCCACAUUCGCACAGGGAAAAAUUCAAUAUGUAUCACAAAUACUGUUUACUAAAAUUCUUUGCAGACAAACAAUUUAAACAAACGUUUUCGUGUGAAAAUUCGUGGCUCGAAAGUCAAAGCGCACGCACGCAAGUUCAUGUAAAAUUGAUUUCAUACCAGCUGUAUCAAAAGAUAGGAGCCGGUCAUUUAUCAUGAAAAAUUCCCUUUGUAUUGUCUUUAGAAUUAUUUAACAAGCUUAAUACAAGAGCUUUAUUACAUUUUCCCCACAUUUUAUCGGAAUUAAACUCUUCAGUUCCCAUUGUGGUCGCUAGUGUCAAGUGUUGUUUAUGUCUGGUGGGAAAACCUUUAAUUAUAUUAAUUUUGUGUUAAUAUUUUAAAUAUUUUAUCUGUAGCUGCUUUUAACUGGCUUUUCUGGAAUCCAAUGCCAUGUCAAGAAGACAAAAUUUUAUGUGAGCAUUACAUUUUAUUUGGGGGGCUAAUGUAAAAUUUGUGAACUGCUAUUAAAUUGUUAAUUAAUGUUUGUGGUCAUUAAUUUUUAAUCGCAAGCUCUAUAUGUCAACAACAGAUCCUUAUUAGCUAGCCAUUUAAAUUAAAGGAAUAACCCUCCAUGUCUCCUUAACCCACUGAGUGCUACCACUCUCUAUGGAGUAGAAUGAUCAGGUGUUAAAGUAGGAUAUUGCCAUUUAAAGGGCUAGGGAAAAUUUUACUCUGUCAAGUGUUGGCAUUGAGCAUAUAAAUAUAGGUUAUAAUUAGCAUCGAAUAAAUUGGGAAAAUAUAAUGGACUGUUUAUUUGUUAUUUUGUUUAACCCAUUACACGCCAGCGCUCUUCCCUUGACAAGUAAAAUUGUCUGGAGACAGAGUCGUUAGACAGAGUAAAAUAAUAAAGUAGAGCACAUCAGGGCGCAAUGCAACUUCAUGGGUUUACUAGACUUACUAGACACAUGGGUGGAUGGGCCUGUUAAUCCAUUAAGCGCCAGCACUCUCUCCUUGACAAGUAAAAUCGUCUGGCAUUAGACAGGGUAAAAUAAUAAAGUAAUGCGCAUCAGGUUGCAAUACGACUCAAUGGGUUAAUUAUUAAUUUUAAUAUUUGCUGUCAUAAUUUUAGGCUGGAUUUUACAUGGUACUCUCGUUAUUGUCCAUGUUUUCAAACCUCAUAGGCAUUGCUUGGAUGCUAAGCAUGAUGAACCAUUCUGAAAUUGUCGUCAUUUGUUUGGUUUGCGUCUUGACGUUCGACAUGGGUAUUGCAUGUUUGUCUACGGCAAUGGGGUGUAAUAUUUUGCUUGAAGAUUGUAAAAUAUGCAAGGUUAGACUUCUUUGUGUAGUACUUAUACCAUAACGAUAGUGUUUGUCAGUCACAAUCUACUGAUCAAAUCCUUUCAUUGUUUUGAAAAUCUCAUUGUUCUCCAAUCCAGUCACUCAUUGUCAAACAAAGGACCUAGCUAUUUUACGAUACUAACCCAAAAAUAUAUGGAUGAGGUUGAGAUGAGUUAUCUAACUUAAGUUUAUGUUACCUUUAGACGAGUUAUCUUUACUUUUUGUUGAGGCCAUUUGUGUUUCGACACAAUUCCUGACUCCUUCAGCAGUUGUCAUUGGGUUGACAUCGUAGUGUUUAAUAUUUUUCAUAUCAACAUUCUCCGACUUUAACAGUUAACUGUUAGUCAAUUACAAAUCAUGACUUAUUUAAUAUUAAAUAAUGUUAUUGAUUAUCAGCCUUGACAUUGCUUUCCAUGACACUUUACUAUAUAGCAUCGAAGAAGAGGUAGAAGUGCUGAUGACUCUCCAACAAACACAGCAAGACCAAUGUCAAGAUUGUGUGAUAGUGAUUCCAAUCGGGUAAGCAUUUUAUCAGUUCUAAACUGUUCCCUUCAGAGAUCCAGUUUGGGUCAUCCUUUAUCAGGCCAGAAUCACUAAAAUAGGAACAAGUAAACCGUAGAACCUGGAUAAAACCUUUGGUGUUUGGUAGACUAAAACUGGAAGUACUCUUAUUCUCACAUGCAACUGAAGCUGAAUUAUUUUGGUAAUUGGUUUGCACUUGACGUCAUAGCGGUCAUGUUAAAGGUCGCCAAAUUGGGGUUGGGGGUUGGACGAUCUGGGACCAACUUUCUUGUCCUCCACAACCAGGGUUUUAUUUUGGGAAGGCUCAAAUCAGUUCCAGCUAAGUUGGGAACCAUAGUUAAGAUUUUCAGUCAAGUGCAAACACAAUAUGCAAAACACGAUUUAACUGUAACAGAGUAGCAAUUAAUAACUAACGGUGAAACUAGGGAGUUCGGAGCAUGCUCCCUGGGGAAAAUUUGCAAAAUUGAGGCUCAUUUCUUGCACUUCCUGGCACCAAGUUAAAGAAUUUGGAUGAAAAAUGUCCCUAUCUACACCAGACAUUUGUGGAUUCUUUUGAUACAAUCUCAAACAAAACUGGGACUGACUUUUUGUGAUUUUCAAGUGGGGGAGGGGUUUACAUCGCACCCCUGAUUUGCAAACUACUAACACUCACACAACUGCAUAGGUCACACAGCCACAAAUUAGGUUGUGACAGCAGUAAUAUAUAUUUCAUAAUGCACACAAGUAUUUAGAAUAACAUUUUGCCAUUUCCUUGUACUCUUAGUAAUUAAAUACUUUUUUCAUAUUCUAUUUAGGAUGGUGAGCUAAGACAAGAGAGAGUUCACUUGACGAUUCAACCAUCAAGACAAGCUAGAUACACACGGCCAAGACCCGGGGACGAGCCGCCACCAUACUCAGAAGUCAUGGGACCACCGCCCCCUUAUUCAGACAAUUGACCGACUUCCCAGGGUCGUUGUAGGGUAUUCAUUAUCAGACCACUUGGCUGAUGGUGCAAAAAGGUUCUGCCGGGCUGUCAAUUUUCCUGAACAAAUAAAUAUUUUGUAAACAUAACAAACAGUAUAGCAGGAGCCAAGAGCCAAAGCAUUUCUACAAUAGGUUAACAGUUGUCACAAUUAAGUGGUUGUUUCCAAUAACAUUACCUAUAGGAAGGACAAAGCUAUCCACUAUAAGUAUAUAUAGGCCAAGUCGAAAAAUACUGUAAACCUAAUAAGCCUCCGAUUAUAAGCACCCCCUGUUUAUAACCCACCAUAUUCACAAACGGUCCUGUCAUUUCGGAUAUAAGCCUUUUCCCUGAAUAUAGCCCCUCGUAUAUAACAUGGGGGCUACAUUGCAGUAUUAUAAUAUGUUAAUUACUAACAUCAAGAGUCGUUCGUAUAUAAGACACCCCCUGUAUAUAGUCCCCACCCCCUACUUAUGUUAAGCCCAUCAAAAAAUGCUUACGAAGCCCUGGGGCUUAUAUUCGGAGUUUUACAGUGUUACUUAGCCGCAUUUAUCCGUAGAAGGGUGAAUGAAAAAUAUAUAUUUUUGUCAUAUGUAUUUUUUUUAAUAUGUGUGUCAUUAUAAUAUAAAAGAUAUUUCAAAAUUAACUUCUUUCGCGCAAGUGUUUAAUGUAAUGUAUAGUGUACAAGAUGUAGCAAUAAAAAUAUUCAAAUUU